AAAACCCCAACCGGAAAGCCUUCCACGUGUAAUUCUAGCUUGACUUUCGGCGGCAGGUGCAACCUCAGCACCAACCAUAACAACGAGAUACGGGAUAAGCUAACGGGACUCUAGAGACGCCAUGCACCGAGUGUUGUUGGUGUUGCUGGCCGCGGCCGGGGCGUCGGUCCUCGGCCCCCCCAGGCUGGACGGGUCCCCGGCGGCCGGGCCCUGCCUCGCCCCGCCGCAGUGGGAGGGCAGCUGGGUGCUGUACGACCACAGCACCGGGAGAAACAACCGGGCCGCCGUGUCCUACGACGGCCUGAACCACAGGAUCCGGAUCCUGCAGCAGAACAAGAAACACACCCCGUGUCAGAAUAAAAUAUCCCCCGUUGUGCUGGUCUCUCCCCCAGAUGAGACCUGGGUGGGCACUUACACCGUGAAGGACUGCUACCCGGUGCAGGAGACCUACGUCAGGAACAGCAGCGUCACCACCUCCACCCGCUUCUUCAACCUCCGGCUGGGCAUCAGCGACCCCGACGUCUUCACCCCGCCCAGCACCUGUCAAUCAGCCCGGCCCGAGAGGAUGGCCGAGUCCACCUGCUGAGGCCUCCGCCCGCCCCCGCCUUUGACCUUAGAUACUGCUGUAACCGUGGUGCGUA